AUGUGGUAUACUGCGGCUGCGGAGUAUUCACAUAAGAAACGUAUUGCCCAUCGACCGACGACGACCAUUGAUGAUGAGUUAGCUGAAUUUGAAAGACGUAGUAGGUUUUUUGGAAAUGGCAACGUGCUGAAUCCGAAACAGGGCUCUGUGGUUCCGACCUCUAGAUUUGGUAGGAAUUCUUUAACGCCUCCUCCGAAUAGAAUUAGAUCCCCCGAGAUUUUAGUACGGGGUACUGUGGUGCCGACAUCUAGAUUUGGUGCUGGUUCCUACAAAUUCAAUCAAAAUAGGAACAUAACCAGAAGCAAAUCCCCAACGAAUGUGACUAGGGGAACUGUUGCUCCCACAUUACGAUCUACAGGUGGCUUAAUCAGGGAGCCCAGCAGAAGUGGUUCCCCCUCACGUAACACUCUACGCAAUCCCUUUAAAAGUGAUGUUCCUCCAACGAAGAAACCCAACAUUAAGGGAGACGUCCAAGUGCCUCUUCAUUUGUCCACAGAUCCGUUGGGUAAACGCAGUAGCUUGAAGUCAACCUUGCCUACAAAACUUAGUUCCAUAUCGAAGUAUCCCGUAAAUGUGGAAUCAGAAGAGGACAACGAUAAUCAAGUUAAAGUGGUCGCUGUGGGCACAAAACAAUCUCAGAUGGGAUCAAAUAUUAUGCAGCUUAUAAUGGUAGAGCCCAAUACAAAAUCCAAUUCUCCUGUGCAGAAAAUCCAUGGUGUUAAAAAGGAACGCAUGUCAACUGCAAGUGUGCCAAGUCAGAUAGGUAAAUUGUCGAGAACUAGCAACAGUAAGACACCACAAAAACCGGAGAUUGUUGUACAGCCAACGGAGCAAGUGCAGCAGGAGGAAGUAACAGAAACAAUAGAGCAGCAAGAGGCAGUUCAAGUGGAUGAUGCGGCAGAUGAGUUAGUAGAUGAGCCCGUAGUUAGGUCUGCAGCCGGAGCACCUGGAAUUGAACUCAGCUCUGAAAAUGUUGCAGCUUUCGAGGAUGAAGAGCAAGUACAGAAUCAAAAUAUGAACAUGGAAUUCCCUAAUAUAAAGGUAUAUCAAUGCUAUCCCAAUGAAUGUCCACCACGUAUUCCUGAUCUCGGUGUCAUGAUGUGCGAAGAGUGCAAUAAAAACAACAACCUCCUCAACGGGAGCAAUUUGGUCACGUCCUGUUCAGUAACCGAGGAGCAUUACUUAAGCUUUGAUGCGGAUUCGGGAUUGCAGCCAACUGCGGGUAAUUGCUGGAAUAGUGUACCACAAUUUGGAAUCUCUCAUUACAUGUAUCCGAUCAGCGAUGGACAACAACAUCGGGCCAGUUGGCAUUCCAAUUUGCAGUGUCCAUAUUCACAGGCGAUGAUGCAGACGCAACCAGCAACAAGAAUGAGUCUCAAUGGACGCAAUGGCUGCAAUGGCUGCAAUAGGCCAAGUUGCCGACAGCAACAGCAACUGCAGCAGCAACAACAACAUAAUUAUGCAAAUCCACAGAUGCAGCGCAACUCUAGCUACAGCAUGUUUAAUCCGCAACAGCUAGCGAUGAGUAUGCAACAACGGCAACAGCAGCAACUACAGCCACUGCAGCAACAACAGCAACAGUUGUCACAGCAACAGAUGCAGCAACAACAUGGUCUCACGGAACUGUUGGCUCAGCAGUUGCAGCAACAGAUGCAGCAGGCUCAGGCACAAAUUACUCAGGUGCAAAUGCAACUGUUCAACAUUUGUGGUUGCUCCAAGGAGCCAAACGAACAAACACAAUCAAUUGAUGCGGCUGAAGCCUCUACGUCAGGUCAAGUGCAGGGCAAUAAACGAGAGGAGAAGUGCGAAUGCGAGUGCGAGUGCGAAUCGCAACCAGAUGCACGGACAACAAACGGAUAUGUGGAGCAACCAACGUUAUCUUGUGCUGGAAAGCCCAAUGUAUCAUUCUGCUCACAGCCACCGUCCGUUUGUCAACCACAGUGUGGCAAUGUGGUCCCAACAUUGCCGGCACCACCUCAGCCAACAGUGUUGUCGUUGGGUUUCAGUUCCAUGCCCCCACAAUCCGAAUUGAGCGGAGCAACUGUACCAGUGAACCAAACGUUACUUGCACCGCAGCAACAGUUUCAGUCACAACAACAGCAACAGUUUCAGUCACAACAGCAGCAGCAGCAACAACAGCAACAACAAUUUCAGCAUCCCAGUCAGCAACCGCCCGGAAUGCUUUCUUCACAGUGUCCUGGCAAUUGUUUCUAUAGUCCCUGUUGCCGGCAGCGUUAUGCCCAGAUGCGUUUCAUGAUGCCACGUUGCUGGCAGCGUCAUUAGAACUGUUUCCGGAGGAGAGUUCGUAAGGUAACGUGCCAUGUACAAUUUGAGAGGCAGAACGGUACAAAUCUCAUGUACAAAGUACGGUACAUUACAAACUCGGUACACCGUUAAAGAAUUCCAGUUUCAUUUUACAACUCUAAUAAAAUUGAAGAUACAAUGUUAAUCCAAUAAACUCACUAAGAUAUGUCAUGUA